AGACAUGAGGCAGAGUAUUAUGGCAUUGCUCCCCUAGUAAAACGGCUGAUGCUCUGCCAAGACCUGCACCAUUCAUCAUGUGGGGAUGUCCUCUUCUGUGGAUACCUUUCACCUCCAAGCAUUCCAAUCCAGGAGCCUCCCACCCCGUCCAUCUCUGACAGCCAAAACAGGGCCACAGUCAAUGCAAAUAACAGUCCAGGUGGAGUUGUACGUCUCCCUGAGGCUCCUGCAGCGAGUGGGGGUGUUCCAGGGCCAGGAGGUGGAGCCGUGGCUGUCCCCAGGCCAGGCCAUUCACGCAAUUCCUCCCUGGACAUGCGUCAUAAUCCCCAGAUAGUUGGGCAAGGUCUCCACAAUAAUGCGUAUCCCGGCCACAUUUCACGGAGUUCAAGCGACCUCCGCAGCCAUGCGGCUCGAUCACACUCUCGCACACCAUCAAUGGAUCUACGGCACUCACGCAACUCUUCUGCUGAUUUGAACAAGUUCUUCAAAACAGAGAUUGGUGUUUUGAAUAAUGUUGGGCCUCCAGGUUCAAGUUGGGUUGACCCACUUCGUGUGCGGAUGGUCAAAGCCCACCAUAACUGGAUCCUUGUUGCGUAUGCACACUUCGUCACUUGUUACAGGAACAAAGAUAGCACAGGCUGGCAGCUAGCUUUCACAUCCCCACACAUUGACCAGCUGAUUGAGCGUGCGGCUUUAAAUGCCAAGCUGUCUCCUCCCAGCCAAGGCGGUGAGGCAGGCCAGAAAAUGCUUGCCAUUUCCUACACUUCACACAUAAGGUUGUGGGGCAUCUCAGAGGAUGGGACGCGGAAUGACAUUGGCACCUUCAACCUGGGAGUACCUGUAGAGUAUUUGUUCUUCAUUGGGUCACAGCUAGUGGCUCUGUCAUCGGUAGGGAAGAUUGGAGUGUGGCAUGCCAUGACCCAGCACUGGCAGAUUCAAGAGGUCCUGCCCAUUGCCUCCUUUGACACAGCUGGCUCUUUCCUCCUCCUUGGAUGCACUAAUGGUUCAAUCUACUACAUAG